AUGGCGGCUACCCUGGAGUCCUCCGUGGAGGACCCACUGCGGAACUUUGUUCGAGUUUUGGAGAAGCGAGAUGGCACAGUGUUACGACUGCAGCAGUAUGGCUCUGGCGGCGUGGGCUGCGUUGUUUGGGAUGCUGCCAUUGUUCUUUCUAAGUACCUGGAAACGCCCGAGUUUUCCGGCGAUGGGGCCCACGCUCUGAGCCGGCGGUCGGUGCUGGAACUGGGCUCUGGCACAGGGGCCGUGGGGCUCAUGGCCGCUACCCUCGGGGCUGAUGUUGUAGUCACAGAUCUUGAAGAAUUGCAAGAUUUGCUGAAGAUGAAUAUUAAUAUGAACGAGCAUCUUGUCACUGGUUCUAUUCAAGCCAAGGUACUGAAAUGGGGGGAAGAAAUAGAAGACUUGUCUUCUCCACCAGACUACAUACUGAUGGCCGACUGCAUAUACUACGAAGAGUCUUUGGAGCCAUUGUUGAAAACUCUAAAAGAUCUUAGUGGAUUUGAGACUUGUAUUAUAUGUUGUUAUGAACAACGAACUAUGGGAAAAAAUCCAGAAAUUGAGAAAAAGUAUUUUGAGCUACUCCAACUAGACUUUGACUUUGAAAAAAUUCCUUUGGAGAAACAUGAUGAAGAAUAUCGAAGCGAAGAUAUUCAUAUUUUAUACAUCAGAAAGAAAAAACCGAAAUCUCCAUCGUGAAAUCUUUAGUCAUCUUACCCAAGUCUCUAACAACCUGGGUAAGCUAAAGAUGUGAGUGGAGCAUGUGAAUACAGCAUGGGAAGAUUGUGUUCACAGAUUAUUCCA